CUUUUGAAGAGUUGUCCGUGAAACAAGUCAUUUCAUUUCUUAGACUAUCUGUGGAAGCAGAAGGUCCGUUAAAGAAAUUAAAAUGGCGCAACCACAAGGAACCAUGAUACCACCUUCGCAACCAUUGUAUACGUCUGUGAAAGGGAGAAACCCUCAGGUUAUGAACAACAUGGGAGCUUACGUGUUCAAGCUGGACGACAUGAAACGUCUGCUGAGGUUUAUAAUUAUGGGAUCUGAGGGUGGCAGUUACUAUGUGAAGGAGAGAGAACUGAAGAGAGAAAAUGUCACCUGUAUUGACAGACUGAUCGGUGAAGGUCGUGGCGUGGAAGUUGUGCAAACGAUUAAAGAAGUCAGCGUAAAUAGACGCAAUGUGAAACAGAACUCAUUGAUGUUAGCGUACGCCAUCUGUGCCAGAAGCAACGAUAAGGACACGAAGAAAGCCGCGUACGCCUUGCUGUCCGAGAUCUGUAGAAUACCAACACACCUGUUUAUGUUCAUCAAGUACUGUGAACAGGAGAGUAGAGUUGAAGGCACAGACUCUGGUACUGGAUGGGGACGAGCUCACAAACGAGCUGUUGGUAAAUGGUACAUAAGCUUUGACAAGGACCCGGAGAAGCUUGCUCGACUGGUGACGAAAUUCAAAAACCGUGAGAGCUGGUCCCACAAAGAUGUUUUGCGACUGGCACACACAAGCACCGACGACAAAGCUGUUGGGUUCGUUCUCAGAUACAUCACCAAGGGUCUAGACAAGGCACGUGAAAUGUACCUCCAGAAUCCGUUAGAGAUGGACCAAGACAAAUUGAACAAACUGGCCGAUCUUAUCCAAGUAUUUGACUCGGCAAUCAAUAUAACCAAUGAAGACCAUCUCUGCUCCAUGAUCAAACAGUACCAUCUUACAUGGGAGCAGUGUAACUCCGAGUUACUGAAGAGCAAAAAAGUGUGGAUUACUUUGCUGCCGCAUAUGCCGAUAGAAGCAACCAUCCGUAACCUUGGGAGAAUGACCAGCUAUGGAAUGUUCGCCGAGAACAGCGAAGACGAACAAAUGGUCCUGGAUAAGAUCCGUUCGAUUAACACCCUGUCUGAGACACCUAUGGAAGUUACUGAGCAAGCAGAAGGGAUGGAAGUUGACAAUCCAUUGCCAGAAGAGGGCCAGGGAGAGGCCAGGGGAAAGAGAAAAAACGUCCUCCAUCCCUUUAAAGUCCUUCUUGCAUUGAUUACUUACAAGACCGGACAUGGUGACAAGGGAAGCCUGUCUUGGACACCAAACAAAAGAAUCAUGGAAGCCCUCGACAGAGCAUUCUACCAGGCGUUUGAAACUGUAGAACCUACAGGAAAGAAGUAUUACCUUGCCGUAGAUGUCAGUGGAUCUAUGUCACAGCCUGUGCUUGGAAGCACAAACAUACAUUGUGCCACAGCUGCUGCUGCUAUGCUGAUGGUUACCGCCAGAACAGAGAACGACUGUAUCAUCAAAGGGUUCAGCCACAAGUUGGUAGACAUUGGCGUUGAUGUCACUGACUCUAUAGAUAUAGUACAGAAAAAAAUGGACCAGAUCCCUAUGGGCGGGACAGAUUGUGCCAAGCCAAUGUUUGAUGCUAUGGAAAGCAAGAUUAAAGACAUUGAUGUGUUUAUUGUGUACACUGAUAACGAAACCUGGUUCGGAAACGUACACCCAUGUGAAGCUCUGCGUCAGUACAGACAGUAUUCAGAGAGACCAAACGCCAAGCUGAUUGUUUGCGGAAUGUGCUCCACUGAGUUCACAAUCGCAGAUCAAGAUGAUCCCAACAUGUUGGACGUAGUCGGAUUCGAUUCUGCUGCGCCUAGACUCAUUUCUGAGUUUGCAAUGGACAAAAUAUAAAUCUCAAAGUGAAAAUUGUGAGAACUGAUUACUUUUUAUAACUGCAUAAUUCUACAAUGACACCGACAUGAAAAUACUUAAUAGAAAAGGAAAAUUAGUUCCAUUUAGAAAGUUGAACAUUUACCGUAAGCUUCAUCAGUGUAAGAAAAAACAACAACUUUAUUACAAAAAAGACAAUUUUAUGCACCUUUUUAAAAAAAAAAAACCUAACAACUGUAGACGCACGAUUACUUUCGGAAGAAUCCUGAAGAAAAGAUAACCAAAGCAACAGCUAACAACACCCCUAGGGAACUAGCAACAUUGGCACAUAACUGUUGAUGUCAGUAGUUUACUUUUUCGGAAUUAUUACUGUAUACUUUGUCAAGUUAUUUGAUUCACUUUUAUUUUUGCAAAUGUUUAUACCUGUAGAUAUAUGUGAUUUAAGAUUUAAAAAAUCAUUUCUUUUCAUGUAUUUAAUUAUUAUGUAAUGUUGUUUACUUUGCUUAAUACAUAAACGUUUGUAUAUAAUGUAAAUCGUUGUGCACGCUUAAAGUAACAGUAUUUCAUAUUUUGUUUUACCUAACAAAUUACAAGGUAUUUAGAUUUGUGUUGGUUAUAAACCUAAGUGGUGUUUUUUAAUCAUCUUUUAUGUGUAUAUAUUUGUAACUUUUCUUUGUUAAAGAUAAUGUAUAUAAAUAAAGUGUUUGUGAUGAUA